AACGACAUUAUGCUGGCAAAUAUUACUUUAACGCUUUGAAAUAAUAACUAACAUUAUGACUAUGAAGUUUAUAGGGCUUGUAAUUUUGCUAACAAUCAAAGGCACUUCUUUGGUGGGCGGCGCAGGAGACGGAGGGGGUGGAAGUAAUGAAGUGAGGGAGUCUGUGGACUUCCAGAUUCCAAACAUAUUCGAGCCAGUUGGCAUAAACUGCAGACAAUACAGUCGUUGGUUUUGUUUGCUUGGGGUGUGGAUCACAACGAGACAAGGACCGCGCCAGCCGCAAGAUGGCGACGAAGAUUUCAUGCGCUCCAUUGUACAAAAUAAUUACAAAAACAUCAACUGGUACUCUUUCAAACAAGAAGAUGCAGCGAAUAACGGUUGUUGUUCUUACCAAGUGAGCAUUUACGUGAAGAAUGGCCAGAAACAUGGUCUGUCUCCGCGCGACUACUGGACCAGAAUCCAGAAUCUGGGACUCAUGGAACGAAAACUUGUGUAUGUCAAGGCUAUGUGGAAUUCGGCUUUGUGUAAAAAUAUCAUCCUUCAAGUCGGCUUCGGCACAGGUCGUCUCAAGGUCAUCGGAGGCAAAGGACUGCGACAUAAAUUCCUAAUGCCCCACUUGGGCGAUGACGAUGAAAACGCGUACAUAUUUCCUGGAAUGGGAAUUCGAACUAGGUUGACCUUUGGCUGGUUCAUGGUCACUGUUAUUUGUGGGGAGAAACCGGAGUUGUGUUCUGAAAUGCAAGGGGGAGCUGAAGGCUCCACUCAAAUGUUUCUCGAAGAAGGAAUGGAAUCACUUGCAGCUUCAUUGUGACAGUACUGGUGCCACAUACAAUCAAAUGGCAGCGAAAGUAAGGAGCUCACUCCGCGGGUGAAAAACAGUAACUCAAACUAGCUAUUGCUUUAAUGACUUAGAUUGUACAAAAAUCACAUUUCCAUUGAUUUCAUAGCUUGAAAAAAAUUGAGUUUUUUUUAAAUUAUAAAAGUAAUUGAG